AACUCGCGCUUUGGAUUCUGAACACUCUCUCCUCUGGCAGCCGCUCCCCUCGCCAUGUCGGAGACCGCUCCCGCUGAGACGGCCGCGCCCGCGCCGGUGGAGAAGUCCCCGGCCAAGAAGAAGGCGGCGAAGAAGGCGGGCGGGGCCGCCAAGCGCAAGGCGUCCGGGCCGCCGGUGUCCGAGCUCAUCACCAAGGCCGUGGCCGCGUCCAAGGAGCGCAAUGGUCUGUCUCUGGCCGCGCUCAAGAAGGCGCUGGCGGCCGCGGGCUACGACGUGGAGAAGAACAACAGCCGCAUCAAGCUGGGCCUCAGGAGCCUGGUGAGCAAGGGCACCCUGGUGCAGACCAAGGGCACCGGCGCCUCGGGCUCCUUCAAGCUCAACAAGAAGGCGGCCUCCGGCGACGCCAAGCCCAAGGCCAAGAAGGCGGGCGCGGCCAAGCCCAGGAAGCCUGCAGGGUCAACCCCUAAGAAGCCCAAGAAGGCUGCAGGCGCCAAGAAAGCUGUGAAGAAGACCCCCAAAAAGGCGAAGAAGCCCGCGGCCACCGGCGUCAAGAAGGUGGCCAAGAGCCCCAAGAAGGCUAAGGCCCCCGCCAAGCCUAAGAAGGCAGCCAAAAGCCCGGCCAAGCCCAAAGCGGUGAAGCCUAAAGCGGCCAAGCCCAAGGCCGCCAAACCCAAGGCAGCCAAGCCUAAGGCUGCGAAGGCCAAGAAGGCGGCUCCUAAGAAGAAGUAGGAAGUUCGUCGUUUUAAAGGCGACCCAACCCAAAGGCUCUUUUCAGA